UCGUCGAAGGUAUUCCUGUUCCACAAGGGAAGGCGCCGAUGGAUAUCGAGCAAAAGCAAGCAGAACUGAUCGAGCACUUCGUCAAGCAGGCCAAAAGCCAAAAGGGAUCGGCGCUUGCAAAUGUAAUAAUCGAAGCAACGUCGCAUUCAUCUCUUUUUGCGUUUUCGGAGAUUCUAGCAGUUCCUAACGUCGCUGAGCUUCAAGGGUCUGAGUAUUCUGUAUUUCUUGACAUACUUCGAUUGUUUGCUCAUGGCACAUGGAGUGAUUACAAGAGUAAUGCUGGCCAUCUUCCGCAACUUGUACCUGAUCAGGUCCGCAAGCUAAAGCAGCUUACUGUGCUUACACUUGCUGAGACAAAUAAGGUACUCCCCUAUGAUCAACUGAUGCAAGAACUAGAUGUUUCAAAUGUACGUGGACUUGAAGACUUUCUCAUCAACGAAUGCAUGUAUGCGGGCAUAGUUAGAGGAAAGCUGGACCAGUUGCGUAGAUGCUUUGAGGUCCAGUUUGCUGCUGGAAGGGAUUUGAGACCUGGACAGCUUGGGAAUAUGAUACAGACAAUAGCAAACUGGUUGGCAACUUCAGACAAUCUACUACUCUCAAUUCAAGAAAAAAUAAAAUGGGCAGAUACAAUGAGUGAGUUAGACAAGAAACAUAAGAAGGAAGUUGAAGAAAAGGUGGAAGAAGUAAAGAAAUCGAUCUCACUCAAGGUUGGACUUAAACCUCCCUGUCAGAAGUUACACACUGUAAGCAGGCAGACAUGGAGUUCCGAAGUCAUGAGGAGAUCCUCUAUUCUGAACCUGGUGGAGUGAUGGACUAUGAGGAAGAUCGAAGUCGACCCAAGAGGAGACGACCACCUAUAUCAUGACAGAAAAGAGUUAAGGAAACCAUCAUGAAGAAUAAGAGUGAAGGAAACCCAUGAACAGGUUUUCAAGUGGCUUCUCAGAUUUUCAUGGAUGGCAUACUGGUAUCAUAAACUGUCUUCUGUUGAGACAUCAUGCCCUCUCUGAUACUGUGUACACCAUUACCAUUAGAAAUUUAGAAUUCAUGCAUUUGGAAUUGGUAGUGUGAUUUGAAGUUUGAAUUUCUCAUUCUAUCCACUCCUAUUUAGAUCAGACACGGAGAUUGGAUUAGAGGUGUGGAUGGAAUAUCGUACAACUUUUAGCACAGAAAUGUUGUAUUUCUCAUUCUUUUUGUUGUUUUGAGGCCAUGAUGAUGAUAGGUCACCCAUCUUUUUGAAAUCAGAUAGUCUAUCUGCUCAACCUCAGACAAGGUGCUUUUGGUGUAUAUACCAUAUUGCCAUGUGCCUGUCUUAGAAGGAAGUUCAGAAUUACCACAUAUCAAAUAUUAUCAUUUGAUC